AGUUUUGUUAGCAGCCGAACUUGCCAAAAAGCGCCAGUGCACGGCGCGAUUGGACCGGUAGACAUAGGUAAACCGCUAAGGCGUAAGCCCAUCCACAGGGGAUUGCUAUUCCCAAGCAGCAGAAUCGCUGCGGCCGCCCCGGCUGUGUUCGGCUGCCUCGCUUCCAGAGAGAGCAUUCCGUAACUUAAUGGAGACCGCGAGCAUCACCUUCUCCCGCGCGGCGCCCGACGAGGCCUGGGACGCCAACCAGACCAAGGAGGCGCCACAAACGGUCUGCCUCGCGUGCCCGCCGCACAACAAGCACACCGCGCACACGUGCGGCACGCGGGGCCGCCUCAACCCGUUGCCGCGCGGCCCGAAGAAGGGCCGGAAGAAGGGACCGGAGCCGCUCGCCGAGCUGUGCGGGGCCUGCAUGGGAAAAGGAGGGGCCCACACGUGCGGCAACUUCGGCGACGACGCCGUGGCGCCGCCGCCGGUGGCCGCGCCGCCUCCAUUGGAAGAAGACGACUCGAGCGACGCGGACUCGGCGGCCUUCGGCAUCACGUCCUUCGAGAACGAGGAGGAGCUGCGGAAGGCGUGCCCGCCGCCUCCCCCCAAACCCUCGAGGUCGCCGUCGCCGUCGCCGCCGCGCAUGCCGUCGCCGCCGCGGCGCGCGCGCCAGAAAGGCGGCCAGAAGUGCGGCCCCUGGUUCCAGUAUUGGUUGGAGAACGACGCGGCCGCCUCCGAAGAGUUCUGGCAGGCGCUCGGUGACGCCGACAAGCGGCCUAUUAGGGUCCUCUGGACGCGCAAGUACGAGGAGAGCCUGCGGGCCACGGGCCAGAGCAUGUGGCUCCAGAGUCCACCGCCCCUACCCCUCCCGCUCGCCGCGCAGCAGCGCUACCGCUCGCACGGGAGAAGCCCGUCGCCGUCGCGCACGAAAGGCGCCGGCAUCCGUCCGUCGCCGCCGGGCUGGCGCGCGGGCGACUCGCUCGAAACAUUUGAGAGCGACCGCCCAGCACCCGUAAGGGCGCCCGGUGCGGUCCCGAAGCGCUACAACAACGACAAGGCCUGGCAAGUCAAGCCGAAGCGGCCGCGCAUCAAGGACGCGCGGCCCGAGGUGCCCCGGGGCACGCGCGUGCGGCUGGCCGACCCGCGCUUCCGGGGCAAGCUCGGGACCGUCGUGGACCACAAGCACGCCUGGUACCGCGUUCAGUUGGAUACGGGCGGCGUCCAGUCCGUGCGCGUCAUGUUCCUCCAGCGCGAGGACGGCUCGCCGAUGCACCCCGAGUUCGCGCGGCGCAUGGCGGAGCUGUCGAGCGACGAGUCGGACUAGUGCUCUCUUGGCGCGUAAUUUUCCCCCAACCACG